AGCUUUGGAAACCUUCCUACACUUUCUUUCAAAAAGUCAACCCAUUUAACUUAAAAUGAUUAAACCAAGCUAAGACCGAGGGUUUUAUUGAGUUCCUCACCCAAAUUUUGAGGCAAAUUUCGGUUGUCCCUGCAAAGUAUACCAUGGCGGGAUAUCGAAGAGGAAUUGAAUAAAUCCGUAAAUCUCCAUAAUAUAUCUAUCCUUGAUCCAGGGGUUAACAACAUAAAAGGUUUGACUUUGAACAGUUAUUUAUCGUUAGGUUAAUUACGCAUUUUUAACUAAAGGAUCAUUUAAAAAUACGUGGACAAAUCUUGGACCGUUUUUAUUUAUUUUUAGAUUAAAUUAAAAUGUAUUAUUUAUGCCUUUAUACGUUAGAAAAUUUCAGAGAGAUAAAAUGGCGCAAUUAACUCGUAUUGGAGAACUAAUUGGUUCCUUCGUGUCACGUGACUAUAAACGGAAACGUCUUCACUCGCACUCUGAUGAAGAUGUGGAAUCUCCUGUUAAGAAAACUAAGAAUGAUUAUGGCACCAUAGUGAACAGUAACAGUUUAUCAGCUCCCGCAUUUCUACAACGCGUCUCAACAUUUACAGAUUUUAUCUGGUGCAGAGAUAUACCAGCAUUAUCCCCUCUAGAAAUAUCUCGACACGGGUGGUUUUCAACUAAAGAUGAGUUUAUGGUUCGCUGUGCUUCCUGCCAAGAGAAUCUGAACCUAACAGUACCUGCUCCUAGUUCCGGGAUCAGGGAGAGUUGUAUUGUAACCGCUGUGGAAAGAUUGGUUUCAGCUCAUGCUGAAUUUUGUCCUUGGGCAGCCUCACCAAACCCAAUAGAUUGGACAAGAGCCCAGGUUCCUGAUCUUACUGCAGUUGCCUCUAAAGCUUUAGAGAUUUCAACUCUGGGACUUAAACUUCCAUUCAUCAAAAGUGAUGUAAAGGAUGCCUGGUGCAUCUCCUUAAGACAACUAAGAUCUGAGGCUCUAGAGGAUAUAGAGGAUGAACAAGUUCGGGAAACUAGCUGUAUCCUAGCUCUAUGUGGCUGGAGGUUGGGUUUGGUAGAGGACACCCUCCAAGACGGAUACGGGAUCAGAAGGAUAGGGGUCUGGAAUUUUGUCAGUAUUGUGGAAGAGGAGGAUGCUCUUGAGGCACGACGAGUAGCAGAAGAAUUAGGACAAACAAUUCAGGAAAAAAGGACGGAUACUCCGGGUGGGAAGAAAUACUUUAACCCUCUAACGGAGCAUGUUAGCUGGAACCCUCUCCUACAGAAAAGGGAUGGAUUGCCUGGUUGGAGAUAUAUUAUUGGACAGGUGAAUCGGAAGCUGAUAACAACUGAGAUGGGUGAUAGUGGAUCUAAGGUUGCCAAGGACUCCUUCUCCGUUCUGAGAAAAGUUCGUGACCUUAUUGAUCAUUGGUGAAAAAUUUAUCAAUCGAUUGAUCAGUGGACCUUCCGGUUAUUCUGGUGAUCAUAUAUUCCUAUUAUUUCUUGUUCCUGGAAAUUAUAUAAUUGAUCUUAGGGUUUUUUAAAUCCAGGAUCAAUCGUAGCCUUGAUCUUAGGCCUAGUUAUAAUCAUCAUAGAGCUUCUUGUGAUCAAUCAAGUUAUUUAUCAAGGGAUCGAGUGAAGAUAAAGCCGAUCAAAUUGACUUAUUCUCCAUUAAAACCAAAGUAAACUAUGGAGAAUCCUCAUAUUCUAGCGUGAUAAAUGUUUUUUAUGGAAGGUUGGCAAAUCGACGUUUAUCUAGUUUAAAAAGCUAGUUUAUUAUUAAUGCUCAACCUAAAUUAUGUAUUUUAUAAAUUGUAAUUUCAGAA